AUGCCGCAUGUCAGCAUGUGGGUAUUACCGUUUGCUUGUUUCCACUGCCUUGUGCCACGAUGGAAUGGGUUCAGAGAAGAAAUAAGUGAGCUGAAUCAUGCAAUAGAAUCCAGGUUCGAUAUAUGGAACCCGCUUCUGGGAGCACCGGCAGCUGAUAUCCCGGCCGUGCCCAAGCCGACGGUGCCGGCAGUUCCCACCGUGUCCAAGGUGACGUUGCCGCCGAUGCCUGCGGCGCCGACCGUGCCGGCGGUGACCGUGCCAACGGUGCUUGCAGUGCCAGCCAUGCCGGGCCCCGCGCUUCCACCGGUUCCCGCCGUCGGCAUGCCUGCCGUGCCCAAGGUCACGUUGCCGCCGAUGCCGGCGGUCCCUGGCAUUCCCAUUACUCCAACAGGCAUCCCGAAGGUGACGCUGCCGCCGAUGCCAGCGGUGUCCAUCCCCAGCGUGCCAACAAUCCCCUUCCUUGCGCCACCUCCCAAGGCCUAAGCAAGCCAUGUAUAUCAUGGACAUAUGCAGACAUCGCGCUCUCUUCAGUUCGGCACACAGGCCAGCCAGAUGGUUGUCAAUUGGUGUUCCUUUUUUGUGAUGGUUUCAUCAAUAUUCAUGGUAAAGUUUGAAUGUUAAUUUUGUAAUUCUGUAUAUAUGAACAUGUUUGUGUACACUGUAUAUGUAUGAUUUUACCCUUCUUUUA